AUGGAGGAAACGCAGGUGAUCAUUGUCGGGGCUGGGCCGGCUGGACUCGCAGUAUCCGCUUGCUUGAACCGUCUUUCGAUACGAAACAUCGUUCUCGAAAGAGACGAUUGCUGCGCUUCUCUAUGGCGAAAAAGGGCUUAUGAUAGGUUAAAACUCCAUUUAGCCAAAAACUAUUGCAGCCUUCCCUACAUGUCAUUCCCAGACAAUGCACCGACCUAUAUUUCACGAGUUGAUUUCCUUAAAUAUUUAGAUGAGUACAUGUCGUUUUUCGGGAUCGAACCGAGAUGUUGUCGGACGGUGGAACGAGCUUGGUACAACGAAGUGGAGGAGAAAUGGAAGGUGGGGGUGGAUAAUACAAGUAGUGGUGUGCAAGAAAGGUAUGAUUGUAAGUUUCUUGUAGUAGCUACUGGUGAAAAUAGUGAAGGGUUUUUGCCUAACAUUCCUGGAUUGGAGAGCUUUAAUGGUGAAGUAUUGCAUUCAAGUGGCUAUGAUAAUGGCCAAAGGUUUCGAGGGAAAGAUGUUUUGGUUGUUGGAUGUGGGAAUUCAGGUAUGGAGAUUGCUUAUGAUUUGUCUAACCAUGAUGCAAAUACUUCUAUCGUCGUUCGGAGCCCGGUACACGUGUUAACGAAAGAUAUAGUUCGAUUAGGGAUGUUUUUAUUGAAAUAUUUUCCAUGUAACGUUGUGGAUUCAAUUAGCAUUAAUCUUGCAAAGUUGAAGUACGGAGAUUUUUCCAAGUAUGGGAUUCAAAGGCCAAGAGGAGGCCCUUUUCUUGUCAAAGCCAAAACUGGACGAUCCCCUACCAUUGAUGUUGGAUGUAUGAAAAGAAUUCAAAGAGGAGAGAUCAAGGUUCUUCCAUCUAUAACAUGUAUAAAGGGAGAGCAAGUCAGAUUUGCAUAUGGGAUUAUGAAUUGCUUUGAUGCAAUCAUUUUUGCCACAGGCUACAAGAGCACAGUCCUCAAUUGGCUAGAGGAUGACAAAAAGCACUUCAAUGAAGAUGGAAUGCCAAAUCAAAGGUUCCCAACUCAUUGGAAAGGGGAAAAUGGGUUGUAUUGUGUUGGAUUUGGACAACAAGGUUUACUAGGAAUUUCAAAUGAUGCUCAAAAGAUUGCAAGUGAUAUAAGCUUGGCUUUGGGUCUAAAAAUUGCCAUGGAGUGA